UUUUUAAAAUCAUGGCUACCGAUGAAGGAGACGAAGACAUUCCUGUCUUAUCGGCGUAUGCCUUGGCGGCACUUCAAGAAUUCUAUGAUGAGCAAAUAGCAAAGCAGGAAUGUGUCAAUACAGUGCAAGAGGACUGGCAAUUGAGUCAGUUUUGGUACGACGAAGAGACAACAGCAACACUGGCCGAGGAAUGCUUUAAAGAAUCGGAAGGAAACAUUGCUUGCAUAUCAUGUCCAACUCUCUAUGCAAAACUCUCCCAAGACUCGUCUUGCAAACAAAGCCGUAUAGUACUCCUUGAAUAUGACAAACGUUUUGCUAUACAUGGAGAAGACUAUGUUCAUUAUGAUUACAAUGCUCCAUUGGAUGUACCGGAUAGCAUUAAGAGUUUAGGAUUUGACUUGGUCAUUGCUGAUCCGCCGUUUCUCUCCGAGGAAUGUUUAACAAAGGUCUCUCAAACCAUUCGACUACUGACUACUAAUAAAAUAAUUCUAUGCACGGGUACUGUAAUGGGAGAACUGGCAAAACAAAUCCUACAAGUGGAGGAAUGCCGUAAUUUCAUCCCAAGACACAGGAACAACUUAGCCAAUAGUUUCUCUUGUUAUGUGAACUAUGACAGUGCAUUGAAAUGAGCUGAUAAAUUUAAUAUAUCAUUAUCAUCAUUAUUGCUGAUAAGUGUUGACAUUUCCUUUAUUAAGCUGGUUCAAAUUAAAA